GAGACUUGGAGGUGAUACUCUGCGACUGCGAGAAGAAGAAGAGGGACCGCGAGCGCCGGCAACAAAUCACGACUUCACGAGGACAACCAGCCGCUCCUCCUCUUCAUCAUCAUGGCUCUAGAUGGAUGUGGCCUCUUCUGCAAAUACACCCUCUUCAUUUUAAACCUCUUCUUUGCGGGGGUGGGGUUCGCCUUCUUGGGCAUCGGCCUGUGGCUGAGGUUCAGCGAUGGCACUAGAGGCAUCUUCGAGAUAGAGGCCCUGGACUCCAGUGACUUUGUGACAGCGGUGACCAUCCUGAUCGCUCUGGGCGCGGUGAUGCUGGUCGUGGUGGUGUUCGGGGACUACGGGGCCUGCAAUGAGAAAAGAUGUGCUCUGCAAGUGUUCUGCAUCCUCGUGGCCAUUCUGGCGGUGGCUGACGUUGCUGUCGGCGUGGUUGGUUCAAACAAUGAGGAUUCGAUUGGCGCGCACAUCGUGGAGUUCUACGCCAGCAUGUACGCUCUGUAUGUGAAGGGCGGAGACCCGGUCAUUGGUGUCACCCUCCGGUUCAUCCACAAUCUGCUUCACUGCUGUGGCGUGACCGGGUUCAAGCCGUUUGAGUUGGUUAGCGACACCUGUCCUCCAGCAGAGAGUUCCUUUGAGAAAUUCAAGAUGCCUGGUUGUCCUGCGAUCAUCCUCCGCGUCUUUGACAGUAAAGCAGAGCUGAUGUUGGGCAUCUUCAUUGGCACUGGCGCUCUCUUGGUCACGGCCCUGGUCUGCACCGUCAUCCUCCUGAAACAGACCAAGAGAGACCAGCAGGCGGUCACCGCGUACUACACCACCGUGUACUAACGGGAGGUUCAGCCGGUGACCCCCGCUGGACUCACCCUGCAGAAUAAGUGAACAAAUUUGUCUCUGAACGACAGAUCACACGAGUUACAUCCUAAAUCAGGGGGCAAGUGACUUUUUCUUUAUUUGCUCCGUCCCGAUGCGCGCAGACACGGCGGCAUCGGAGCUCUGCGGCGCGCGAGACGGCGAGCCGAGGAAGUGUUAACGCGACACGUAGAGACAGAAGUGACAUGCUGUUGUGUAGACACGAUCAACAACAGACGUUUAGUUUAAUAAAAGAACAAAGACAUCUUUAAGAAAGGGGACCUUAAAUUACUUCUGCUGUAAUUUGGCGCGAUAGAGAAAAUUACAGGGUGGCGGGCGGAGAUUUCAGGGGGGCGGGCCACAUUUUUUUACUGUCAUGCGAUCUACCAAUACUACGCCGCGAUCGCCUGGUAGAUCGCGAUCGACGUAUUGAGCACCCCUGCUCUCGGUGUAUUGUCACGACUGUUUUAUACGGUGCCUUAGUUUCGCAAAAAUUGCAUUCCGCUAUAUUUCUUCCAGUUAGUGCCGUGGUUCCCAAACUGUGGUACUUUACUCCCUUGCGUUCCUGCCAAAAGCCUUUCGGACCAAAUAGAAGUAUAUUAAGGAAAGACGGGUGACAUGUGAAGUGUGUAUUGCUCGUUUUAUCUUCUACUGUAGUACUAUUGCAUUGCACUAUAUUACUGUUUAAUAAAGAUGCCAUUGAGGGCGUUUCAAGAUUCAA